AUGUCGCGUGGUGGAAGCCAGCUUGAAGGUUGGUUUUCGUGGGCGAUUAAAGGCGACUAUGAGAAAAUAAAGGAGAACUCAUAUAUCUAUGCUCGGAAGACCACAGAUCAUGACAUGACUGCCCUGAUGUACGCGGCUGUCUAUGGGCACGUAGAGAUAGUGAGGCUUCUUUCAACGUUAGAGCAAGGCAUACGGAACAGUUACGGCUUUACUGCCUUAAUGCUCUCUGUUCUACGCGAUGAUGUUGAACCUUUUCAGAUGACACCAGAUGACAUGAGCGAGAACACCCUUGCUUCAAUAAAUCGGCGGUAUGACUAUACAACUCGGAAAAGCCAUCGACGGGAAAUUAUGAUGGAGCUAGUUGAUGGCGAGCUGUCUAUCCGAGACCCCAGAGGGCGUACUGCGCUAAUGCUUGCCGUUGAACAUGGAAACCGCGAUGCAGUAGAGUUUCUUCUGAACAAGGGUGGCGAGAUGACGACAGAUUGUGGGUGGAAUCCGCUUAUGCAUUCAAUUAUACGGCAAAACAUGCACGAAUUUAACAAACACUACGACAGAUACAGCAGAAAGCGGAAUAUGUCGCGGCAAACCCCCCUCAUGCAGGCUGCUAUGAUGGGGAAUAUCUCUAUGGUGGAGAAGCUAAUAGACACUAGCACAAGAAAGCAGGACAUCCGGGGCUUGACUGCACUAAUGUAUGCAUCCAAGGUUAACGAGGUGGAAGUGCUUAAUUUACUGAAGGAGAAGGAAAACAAGAUGACAGACAAGGCGGGGAUGACUGCUCUCAUGUAUGCUGCGGCGCGGGGGUUUUCAGAAGCAGUGGCAGCGCUUAAAGACCUUGAACAUGGUCAGAAGGACUUGUAUGGUUGGUCCUCGCUUAUAUAUUCUUGUCUCUCCAAUAAUCUCCAGUCUGCAAUGCUUUUGCGAUCGGCAGAGUCUCACAUAGUGGACAAGUCCGGCACCACCGCCCUUAUGUACGCAGCUGUACUUAAUAGGAUUGAUAUUAUACAUAUUCUCAUGAACGAUCUUAUCCUAAAGACAGAUGAAGAUGGCACGACCGCCCUUAUGCAUGCGGCUGUCUUCAACAGAACGGACGCGGUCCGGAUAUUGGCCAACUACGAGACCAAGCUCACAGAUUCUAACGGUCUUACUGCGCUUCAUCACGCAGUGACUCACAACCAUAUAGAAGUAGUCAAGCUAUUGAUUCCAAGUGAAUAUUCCAUGCGGGAUUCGUGUGGAAGGACGGCCUUGUACCGUGCGAUUGAGCUGGGGUACCUGGGCCUUGUGCAAGUGCUUGGGCCAAUGGAGAAGGAUGGUCCCCUUCCCACUGGUUGGACGCGGUUGAUGGUCUGCACUAUUGCAAACAAAGUUGACUGCUUUUCACAGUACAUUCAUGAAGCUAAGUCGUUCAUUCCUACUGGGGAAACCGCACUGAUACUAGCCGUCCAAUACUCAACACUUGUGACUAUUCAGGCACUCUUGCAAUAUGAGGCAACCUUAUCGAAUAGCCGGACAGGUCGGACUUCACUCAUGUAUGCAGCCUCCCAGGGCCGUGAGGAUGUGGUACCACUGCUUUUGCUCAGUGAGAAAAUGAUGCAGGACAAGGAGGGUUUAACGGCGACAAUGAUUGCUGUCAUCUCUGGUAACACUUCUGUCUUGAAGGCAUUACUGACCGUUCCUUUUAGCACUGGGCAGAGUCCUGCACCCUUUGAGGUAGGCAUGAAAGACAUAUACGGUCAAACCGCUCUUAUGAAAGCAGCAGUAUUAGGAAAUCGAGAAGCAGUGGAGAUGCUGUUGCCAUUUGAGUCAGGCCUACAAGACUGGAAUGAAAGGUGUGCAAUAAUGUACGCGCAGAAUAGAGGACACGUUGAUCUUGUCUCUAUGUUACUUCCUUUCGAGGGGAAAAUAAGGGAUAAACUAGGAAACACAUACCAAUCAUAUAAGUUAGGCGAAGGUCUGGAUUUUAAAGUACCUAUGAGCGAUCUAAUAGUUAGCGGAGACCAUACGUCGUCUGCGGCCUCAAGGGGCAUUCGACUAGACUCCAUACAAGAAGAGUCUGUCGAUGUUUAUAGAACUGCUCACACAGAUGAGAACACCCAUCUGACCUCACUUUCUGUGCGGCGAAACGACGUCGUGGAAGACGAGCACCAGUCAAUUAUACGAAUAGGGUUUAGCAUGGAUGGGAGCUCACGCGUUAUUGAGGUGCCUAGGAGCAUUGGAGAUAGGUCUGGUACUGACCAUCCCAACGCCAAGCGUGGGAUUUUGUUAGACAGCACGAUUGAUGAUUCUGAUCAGCACUCUCUCGGGACUCCACGAAUCAUUCAUGAGCAGAAUUCAAGUAGGCUUACAGCGAGAAUUUCUUCCUUAUUGGCUGCCUCUCCACAUGUCGAGGACAUCGACGCCCCUCUUCAGAUACUUUCGAAGCAAACCAUCAAUAAGUUAGGUAAAGCCAGUGAAAGGCAUGAGCUACCUGAUUUAGAAGCCUACACAAUUGAGCCAAACGCAUCUCUCACAGACCCUACUACCUCUCAGAGUUUAGGCACUAGCGAUUUUAGUUCUAAAAAGAUGUUUCGGCCUAAUUCAAAUUCAACUAGAGAGCCCAUCAAGGACACUAAUUCGGCCAUUUCGUAUUUGUCGCAGCUGGUUCCAAUGGUUCCAAUUACUGAACACUCUCCUCCCAAUGAUCCUCCUGUCCCAAAGCCUGAGCGUUUGCUACCCACUGCAGAGUUUUCCAACUCUGUAUCAUCGGUUCCCAUUGUCGACGCUCCGACCAAUAUACCUUAUGCACUUAUUAGAGAAAACAACGUAAUAUAUAGAAUCCCUGUUCAUAGUGGAGUGCAGCAGGCCACCGGAGCGUAUCCUCCCUACACCUUCAUGGAGAAUAUUACUCAGCCUUAUCAACAAAACUUACCCUAUCAAGCAUUACCGUCGUUACCACAAAUGCAAUCACUAUCAUCUCUGCAAACAAAGUAUGAAUUCCCACCGUUUCCUACAAUUCCAGACGUUGCUUAUCCAUGUAUAAACUACUCUGCCCCAUUGCAAUCUGCACACCCGGGUCCACAGCGAGUCAAUCAGCAACCCAAGCCUCUCAUGUUCUCCUCUAUUCAGCCACUAUCAACGCCCUCUGAGAAGGAAUGUUGCACUCCUGAGUCCCGGGUUACGGUGCUUGCAAAGCCAUGCAAACACAUCUUUUCUCUACCCUGUGAAAAGAUCGAUAGUAACAAUCUAAACUUAACUUGUCCUAUUUGUCACAAUGCAGUAACAUGUAUAAUUCCCGAAAAUAAGAAUUAG